CAACACUCUGCCUUUCAAGCAACUCUAGCCUUUGAUAUGCAAACUGGGGAAAACGCGUUGACAAAAGGCCUGCCUGUAUGUGCAGUGUUUAGUAGUAAUGGCUCUUGCUGGGAAGUUAAUUUUAAAGCCACAUAAGCACUGGGAAAGUCACCAAUGUUCAGCCCGGAGUGCCUGGGUUGUGAGAUGAUUGGUAUAUAUUCCUGGCUGCUCCUCAUUAUAGCACAGUGUUGGCCUAGAGACGGCAGGCUGAGCCAGCAGAGUAACACAUCUGUGAGACUGGAUCGAAAGAUAGCAACAACAACUUAGUGCUGUCUCUCUGUGUGUGUGUUUCUGGGUACUGUAUGAUGUAAAUGUCCUUAUCAACAAUCGAUCCCAGAAAAAACACCUUAGUCACCGUGAUUAACGGUCCAGCAGCCAGAAGGUGAUGUCCCUCUCUGCUGUUAACACAUCAAAGGAGUGAAGAAUAGGGAAGAUGAACAUGCGUUUUUGCACAAUACUCUUCGCUUGACUUGCAGGAUCAGAUUCAUUAAAGUUGGAGGAUCGACACUUUAGCAAAUUCUUGGCGGGGACGGACGGACGUCAUACAGAUGAAGAAUGAAUGCCUGCAAGUAGAAUAAUGGGUUCUUUUGAAAAGAUUUUUUGCCUCCUAUGCUUGGCUGCAGCUCUUCAUGCAGGUGCCGUUGCUCAGAUUUUUAUUGAUGAAGACGCUAAUGCAUUUCGGAUUCCUCCCUGGCACUUUUCAUUGUCCUGCAAUCUGUAUAAUGAGACCGAUGCAGGAAUAAAUCCCUCUCAGAGAAGUCUAGGCAACAUUAACAAGCAAUCAAACAAGGAAAGUGCCAUGAACCCCAAUAAUACUGAUCUGGUUGGAUCAGGCAUCAGGAAUGAAACUCGUUGCCGUCUUUGGAGUGACAUUAACAGUCAGAGAUCUCUUUGUGAUGACAAGGCUAUGGAAGUCUUCUGUUUGAACAUCCUGUGCUGGGUUGAUGGAAACCUGAGCCAUUUAACUUGUAAUCUGAUGCCAAGCAGCAGACUGCCAGGCACAAGCAUGUUAUCUGCAGUGAGGCUGCAUUAUGAAAUAUCAGACUCCUCUUCGGAGGGUUUGUCUGGGGGACACAGAGAAGCUGUUAUUCCUGCUGAUCAAUGCGGCUAUUCUGGAGAGGAGGCCCUGCAGUGUGUCGUACCUGGGAUCAGCAUGAAUUACACCUACACCCUGCUCCUAUCAGUCACACAUCACCAGAGCCGUGUCGAGGCUCCAGCCAUGCAAGCCACUCCAAGAGACCUUGUGAAGCCUCACCCACCACGUAGCCUGCAGUACGAGAUGACUGCAGAGGGGGAGUCGAGGAUCAGCUGGAGAAGCCCAGAGCCAGCACCUUACGAUCUGCAAUAUGAAGUCCGCUAUUCUGCAAGUGCUACUGAAAAAGCCUGGACGAGUAUAGAUGGUGUCUUGGAGGCAUACGUGACUCCUGAUGAUUUGAAAGCUGGCUUGGAUUAUACUGCUCAGGCUCGCUGCAAGAGGGACAGGGGGCCUGGUCUCUGGAGUAGCUGGAGUGAACCCCUCUUUAUAAGGGUGCAUGAAGUGACAUAUAUUCCUGCUACAGUGCUGACUGCUGCUGGUUCGAAUGUAACUGUGUACUGCGUAUUUAAUAACCGGAGCCCCAGUGUAAAAAAGGUGGUGUGGUGGCUGAAUGCAUCCGAAAAAGUUCCUGAAAAGCUGUAUUCUGUGGUGAAUGACCAUGUGAGCAGGGUCACCCUGCCUAAUAUGAGCCCAUCAAAACCAAGAAGUUAUCACCUGUUACAGUGUUGCCAGCAAACAGGCGAAACAUCAGACUGCAACUACCGCUAUGCUCAAAUCUAUGCUGUAGAUGUCAACUUUCUGAUCUCUUGCGAAACCAAUGGAUUCCAAACCAACAUGACUUGCAACUGGAAUCCUAAUGGAAUACAGCUGCCCCAGGGAAGCAGUGUCCGGUUCAUGUACCAUAUUAGGAAUGACAUUUCUUGUGAUGCCCUGCAAGAUGACCUGCAUGGCGCUGAUGCAAAGGAGUGCCAGCUCGGCGUUCAUGACGAGUGCACAUUUCAACCCCUUUACCUGUAUUUUUGCCACAUAAUGUGGAUUGAGAUCCACUACAAGCUGGUAACAGUGAGAUCUCACCCAGCAUACAUCACUCCAAUGGAUGUGGUAAAGCCAGAUCCUCCUUUCAAUAUAAAAGCAGAGAUCACUCGGACUGAAGGAUUCUUGAAUGUGACCUGGGAGAGAAGAGAGCUGCCUGUCUAUGAUCUUCAGUUUGAGGUUCGCUACUCGGGAGAGGAGCAGGACAGGAAAUGGAAGACCCUUGGCAGUGUAUAUAAUGAACAGGCUUUGAUGGAAGUGGCGGAUCCCUGUGUUGUAUAUGUGGUUCAGGUCCGUUGUAAGAGGCACAAUGGGACUGGACACUGGAGCACAUGGAGUAGCCCAGUGAACACUAGGGUUAAUGAUAUUAGGGCUCCUGCAAGGGGUCCAGAUUUUUGGAGAGUAAUCCACGAGGACACUGUGACCAAGCAAGCGAAUGUUACUCUGUUAUUGAAGCCUCUGAAUAUAAAAGAAGUCUUCUGUACUGUGAAGGGCUUCAGAGUCCAGCAUCAAACCUCCAGUGGCUCCACAUGGUCUGAUGACCUGAGCAGCCCCACUGCCUAUAGCUUUCCCUGGACAGAAGACUUUCACAGUGUGUCAGUCAUAGCCUUCAACUCCUUGGGAUCUUCAACGGAAAACUACAUUUUAAAUGUAUCAAGGCAUGCGAGAAAAAUACAGUGUGUUCAGUCUUUCCAUGCAUCCAUUGUAAACAGCAGUUGUGCGGCACUUUCAUGGAAACUCCUACCAGGCAGCCCUCUUCCUGAGUCUUUCGUUAUUGAAUGGGAACAUCAAAAGAAAGAGAGAGGAGAGGAGGAGGAGGAGGAGGAGGAGGAGGAGGAGGAGGGGGAGGACAGCUUUAAAUGGGUUCGAGCCCCUUCAAACCAGACUGCCAAAUACUACUUAUCUGAUGCCUUUUUUGUACAUGAUGCGUACAGGUUUAUUCUGUACCCAAUAUUCCCAGAAGGGGAGGGACGGCCAGAGGCUUUUUACAUAAACAAUAAAGGUGACAAUGGGAGAAGCAGAGGAGAAGGAGCAGACUACAUACUUCUUCUUAUAAUUGCUUUUCUCUCAGUUGUUCUGCUUGGGACGCUUGCAAUCUCCCAACACCAAAUGAAGAAGUUGGUUUGGAGAGAUGUGCCUAAUCCUAAUAAUUGCUCCUGGGCUCAUGGAGUGGACUUUAAAAAGGCAGAAACCAUCGAAAUCCUCUUUAAGCACCACGAGAGGCUGACAUCUGGCCCGCUUCUCUUGGAAUCAGAAAGAAUUUCCGAAGCUGUAAUAGUUGAGAAAAUGAAACAAAUUGUGGAGGAGAAGGAGACCCGAGAUGGCUUGAAUGUCCCACUGAGUCAUGAGCCGCAGCAGGAUCCCCCCCCUUCUGAGCAACACAGCCACACUGACGAAGAGGAGAGGGAGCAGUUGGUCUACCCAGAGAGUUCAGGAGAGCCCAAAAUAGAAUAUGCCACCAUCCUGAUUCUGGGAGAGCCCAGUGAUCUGUACAAACAGCAGAAAAGCAUCAGCAGCUCCUCCGACGAGGGGAACUUCUCCGCUAACAACUCAGACAUUUCUGGGUCCUUCCCCAACAAUCUGUGGGGGGUUGAAAAUCAGUCCUGCAUGCACUUAGCCCAGGUCAACCCACAGAUGCUGCGCUCCUUUAAUUCUUCAGAGGGCUUUUCAGAAGCAUUUGAUGACCAGGACUACAGUCUUCUCGAUGAUCCGUGCCCUGAAAGAGACAUUUACUACCUGGGGCAGGUGUCGACCGAGGAGCAGGGGGAGAAGGAAAAGUUCUUGAAAGAGGAUGCACAGGUUCCGUGCCAGGACAGUAGAGAUGAGACAGGACAUGAAGCCAAUCCUUUAUUGAGCUGCCAUUCUCUGCUCCAAUUCAAGAUGAACAAAACAGAUUUACCUCAGAAGAGUAGCAGAUUAUAUAUGUCCCAGUUUCGAGCAGUGUCUAAUACAAUUGCAAAAAUAACCAAAGCGCAAAAAUAAUAAUAAUAAUAAUAAUAAUAAUAAUAAUAAUAAUAAUAAUAAUAAUAAUAAUAAUAAUAAUAAUAAUAAAAAGCUUGCUAAUAAGUAAAUGUUUUAUUUGUUUCCCCAUGUGUGGGAAUAUAAGAAACAAUUUAUUUGUGUAUUUGUUUUUUUAAGUUGAACUGGCAUGAUACAGUGCUAGAAUGCAAUUAUUUUUAAAACGUAAAAUCAUUCUGUUUUGAUUCCAUGUAGCAUUAAGGCUUCUGGAAAACCAUCCAUUACUGGUGUUGUCUAUCAAGGCAUGUGCACAAAACAUACCUCCCAGCCUGCACAGCAGCUCAUGCUCUUGAUACAUUGUGAACACACACUCACGGUACUUGGCAAGCUGUUCUAAAAUCUUCAUCUUUGUAUUUUUCUCAAAGCAGAUACAGUUAACUGGCAAUACCAUUUUAAGCAUGCUAUUAUCGAACAGCUGUUCUGCAAAAGUGGUGAAAAAUGCUUAUCUGCAUUUGCUACAUGUAUUGUUUAACAAAACAACAAAUGGAUUUCUGUUUUUCUGUUGUGAGUUCCAGUAUCUGUAAAGUCCUGUGUUACGAUAUGUACGUUUUGUGCCAAACUAUUUUCUCAGUGUGCUAUUUUUCUAACGAUAGGAGGAGAUGAUUGUGUCAAAACUUUGAAAAGGCAUAACUUUGUAAUUGUGAUUUUACACAGUGCCUGCUGUGGGAACAGUGUAACUGCAAAACUGGUUGCAUAUCUAGAUUGCCUAUAUUUUUGUGGUUAAAAUAAAGUA